CCCGCUUUGGCCUGAUCUCCAUGGAAACGAGAAGGGGAAGUUCCGCCUUGCCGGCUUCGACUCCAGGGUUGGCCGUGUGAGGGACGUUCUGGCUCCGCUCUAUGGUUGUGGAAGACUCAGGUUUGCCGCUCAAGAGAACUCCUCGGGAAGGUAAUCGUUGUGAUUGCGCGUGGGCUUUAUAGAUUACCACUCCACCUUAUUCUUAAAGAUGUAUAUGAUCGUUGAAAACCAUUCAAAGUCCGUUCUUCAUUUGAAGAGGUCGCCCAGUAACAGAUCUUGGUCUCUUCUUGUAGGGAUCUCCUCUGUAGGCCUGGCUGCUGCUUAUUACAGUGAAGAUAGCUUGGGGUGGAAACUCUUCUAUCUUGCUGGCUGUUGCUUUGUAGCUGUGCAAAAUCUGGAAGAGUGGGAGGAAGCUAUAUUUGACAAGGGUGCAGGAAAGAUUUUCCUGAAGACCUUCAACCUUUACAAAAAGCUGUUAACCCUGUCAAAGGCUGGUCAUGAACAAGUGGUGGUUCCACUGGAUGAAAUUCGGGCUGUGAAUGUGGAAGAAGAGAAAGUACGUUACUUUGGCAAGGGCUACCUAGUUGUGUUGCGAUUUGGAACUGGAUUUUCGCAUCCUUUGACGCAGAACGCAGUGAUGGGUUGCAGAAGUGAUGUAGAUGCCUUGGCCAAGCUUAUUACUAACUUUCUUGAACUGAACAAGGUGCCAGCUUACCAAAAUUUUGAAGACAGCAGUGAAAGCGAUGCUACUGAUGAAGAGGAGCCCAAGGAGAAAUAGCAACAAACCAUAAUGCAUAGGAAGAAGGAACUCUUUGAAUGGUACAGAACUGAACAUCUUAAGUUCUAGAUGUUCCCCUUGAGUCUUAACUUACAUAUUUAUCAAUUUAUUUCCAUCUGAAAUUACAGCAGUUGGGAAAGAAAGACUAGGAAAAAAAAACCUUGUUUAUGUCUUCCAUCCUUAAUAGGAGUUUGUUGAGAGGAACCAAAGCAAGCAAUGUUGUUCUUGGCCCAGUUCAAAUGACAAUUUCAACUCAGGAUAAAAAUUCCAAGGGCUGUAUGCAAUUUUAUACCCCUUCACUCGCUGAUGAUUAUUCCCUUUCUUCUUUCUGAUUUCACUUGCUCUUCCUACACACCCAUUGAUCACUAUCUACAGAUCUUCAUGUGAAGGUGCACUAAGAGCCAAGGAGCCAUUCCCAUGAGUGAAAAGCCUUCCAGAAGAUGUCCUGGCACUUGUUGAAAAUAGGGGUUUAUAAUCCUCUCACUUCUGCUUUAAAUGGCAAGAAAAAUAGAGAGUGAAGACAAGGAAAGGAAUCACUUAAUUAGGAUGACUUAUAGUCAAAUGGGACAAAGCAGUACAAAUGUAACAAAAAUUACAUUGGAAAUUGGGUUGUGUGUGGGCAGAGGAGUCUGUGUGUGAUGGACAUGUACUUACAUCACAUCCCAUUGAAAGCAAUCAUGUGGGUCAGAAAGGUUAACACAUCUCCAAGCUAAACUAUGGUAAACUUUGAGUUCACAGGCACAUAUUCAUACAUGCACCGUCAUAAACAUAAGGAGCAAUAGGAAAGUCUCCCAUUUCACGAUAGUUUUGAAGUACAUUCAUGCUCGGAAAUAUUUUAAAAAACCAGUGGUAGUCAGAACAAACUAAGACUUGAAAUCAUAGUUAAAUUCUAAUCAAACUUACUUCAUUUAGGACAUGCUUCUGUGUUCAGGUCUGUAUACCCAUUGAAAUUUUUUUCUUGAGCCUAAAGCAAUCCAAAAACAUGGGAAAAUUGCCCCACAUACCCUGGAAAUGAGCAGCUUAAUUUUAAAAGUACAUUUAAAAAUUGCCCUCUACGUUCACAGAAAUGGGCACAAGGCCUCAAAGAUGGAUUUAGGGGGCUGCACUUUACCCCUUCCUGGUUUAGGAGUUUGUCUUAACUGCAGAAUUGUGUUGCCUUACUUACUGAUGUGUUUUUACAGGUCUUACCAUCAGACUAAUAUUAUCUGUAUUUUGGGAUUAUCUGUUACCACUGCAUAAUUAUAGUUAUUUAGUGUUAACUUUUUGGUCUUUUGUUCCAAGGGAAAUUCCAGUGUUAUCUAGGUGUUCAAAUUAUGUAUUUUUAAAAAGCACAUAGUGUGGGAAUUCUUUUCUUUAGCCCCUACAGUCAAAAAUCUCAUCUUAAUCUAGAUAUUAACUUAAAUCCAGUAUUAAUCUAGAAAUGGUCUUAAAAAUCUAUCCUGUUUUCAGAAUUAAAAGAGAAAGAGAUAGACUCUUUCUCACAUACACAUUCAUCACUUAGUCACUUAGAUUAUCUGUUCAUCAGCUUUCGCUCAGAUCACAUCGUCUCUAUUCGCCUCCAUUCAUAUCUAUUUCGAGCAUGAGUUGACCAAUGUACCAUUGUACAACCAUGUUUGUCUCUCACAUUAUAUGCCAUAUGAAAUGAAUCAGCUCUUGUAUUUUGAGGUGUGUGAAUGUGUGUGGUCUGAUUCGCACACAUUCAUACACCUCACAGUACAAGAGCUUUUAAGUGACCUAAUUUUCACACUUUUACUGUCCUGUCCAUGGAAGAUAUUUGAUUAAGUCUAGGUAACUAUAAAUUAUUGUCAGGAGGAAAAAUACCUCAGAAUCUUCCUAUUGUUUGGUGGUUUUGUGGUCUUGAAAAUACAUUGUGUUUUAUAAAAGGGCAUUUUUAUCUUUUUAAGCACCAUCUGUUGUUCAGUAUUAAAUUCUUUUACUAGAAUUUCCCCUUUUUUGUUUUCAUUUGAAUUGAAUAUAUAUCUGGCUUGAAAACAUCAACAACAAACAUGGGAAGAAGUUAAAAGAGACCACCCUGUAGUUAGUUGCCUUUUUAAUACAGAACAUAGUGAAUACAUGUAAUCCAUCUGAACUCCAAAGGAUCAUUUAUUGCUUGGAGAUCUGUCAUGCAAAGCUUUAAAAAUUCUUUAGCAAAUAAUUAUAGAAUUACAGUUAAAACACAUGAUAUUCCAGAGAGAAUGGGGUUGUUUUAAUAUUUCACACCUUACUUAUUCCUGACAUCAAUUGUCAGGAAUAAGUAAUACUGUUCAGCGGAGCUUUACUUCUGAGAAGUACAGUGAAUAUAACUUAUAAUAUAAUAUAAACCAUCACUGGACCCCACUCAAUUGGUGAAUUAUCGGCCUGAUUCCAACCUCCCCUUUCUGGGCAAGGUUGUGGAACGUGUGGUGGCCUCACAACUCCAGACAUUCUUGGUAGACGCUGAUUUUCUGGAUCCGGCGUAGUCUGGCUUUAGGCCAGGACAUGGUAUUGAAACAGUCUUGGUUGCCUUAGUGGAUGAUCUAUGCCAGGAACUGGACAGGGGGAGUGUGUUUCUGCUGGUUCUGCUGGACGUCUCAAUGGCCUUCGAUACCGUUGACCAUGGUAUCCUUCUGGAAGGCCUUGCAGGAAUGGGUGUUGGAGGUACUGUUUUGCAGUGGCUCCGGUCUUUCCUCAAGGUCGUUCUCAGAAGGUGUUGUUGGGGGACACCUGCUCGGCCCCACAGCCUUUGCUCUGUGGGGACCCGCAGGGUUCUCUAUUGUCCCCCAUGUUGUUUAACAUCUACAUGAAGCCACUGGGAGAAAUAAUCCGAAAUUUCGGGGUACGAUGUCACCUGUAUGCAGAUGAUGUUCAACUCUGUCACUCCUUCCCACCUGCUAAGGAGGCUGUUCAGGUCCUGUUCAGCUUGGCUGCUGUGACGGUCUGGAUGAGGACAAAUAAAUUGAAAUUGAAUCCAGACAAGACACAGGUACUCCUGGUCAGUCACAAGGCCGAAAAGGGCAUAGGGGUAAAUCCUGUGUUGGAUGAAGCAGGUUUCAGCUUGGGGAUUCUCCUGGAUUCAUCGCUGAGCCUGGAACUCCAGGUCUCGGCGGUAGCCAGGGGAGUUUUUUUGCACAAUUAAAACUUGUGUGCCAGCUGCGCCUGUAUCUUGGGAAGUCUGACUUGGUCAUGGUAGUCAUUGCUCUGGUUACAUCCCGAAUAGAUUACUGCAACGCAUUCUAUGUGGGGUUACCUUUGAAGACUGUGCAGAAGCUGCAACUGGUCCAAUGGGCCGCAGCCAGAUUACUCACCAGAGCUGCAUACAGGGAACACACAACCCCCAUGUUGCACCAGCUCCAAUGUCUGCCAGUCUGCUACUGAGCACAUUUCAAAGUGCUGGCUUUAGCCUACAAAGCCCUAAAUGGUUCUGGCCCAAUUUACCUGUCCAAACGUAUCUCCUCCUAUCAACCAUCUUGGAGUUUAAGAUCAUCUGGGGAGGCCCUGCUCUCAGUCCCGCCUGCAUCGCCAGCACAGCUGGCAGGAACGAGAGGGCCUUCUCGGUGGCGGCCCUGCGACUGUGGAACUCCCUCCCUGUGGAGAUCAGAUCAGCCCACUCCCUCUUGAUUUUCUGCAAGAAAGUAAUGACAUGGUUCUUCGACCAAGCUUUUGAAAACCUGGUGUAGCAAUAGACAAAAAAGACUCAGAAUUUGACCAAUGGAAAGGCCCGAGCCUUGCUUUUGGAUCACGUAAUAUUAAUGGUUUUAACUAUUUGUAAUUUAAUAAUUAUUUUAAAAUGACUUUUCUGUAAUUUCUUUGUAAUUAUUUUAAACGGCACUGAAUUAUUGGCCAUGUUAAGCUGACCUGAGUCCCCUCUGAGCUGAGAAGGGCAGGGUAAAAGUAUAAUAAAUAAAUAAACAGACA